CCUCUUUCUAAAACCCUAAUCAGUAAAUCUCUUUUUUCUUUUCGUUCUUCUGCUUCGAAAACCCUAAGCUGAAGUUGUAGCUGCAACAAUGGGGGGAAAGAGGAAGAAGAGCGAGGAUUCAGGUAACGAUGAGGUGGAAGAAGAAGAACAAAGUUCGAAGAAGAAAACCAGAACGGUGAAGAAGGAGCAGCUACUCCCUUCGAUGAUAAAGAACAAGGCGAAGAGAUCGGAGGUGCACGCGAAGCUCAAGCGUCAGAAGAAGGUGGAGAAGCGUGCUAAGGCCAAGGAUCGUGACGCUGCUCAGAAGAGAGCUCUCGAGCUCGGUGAGGAGCCUCCGGAGAAGAAGGUUCCUCGUACCAUCGAGAAUACCAGGGAAUUCGACGAGACCGUUUGCAAGCCUGAUGAUGAAGAGUUGUUUGCUGGAAAUGAUGCCGAUGAAUUCAGUUCAAUUUUGAAUCAGCAACAAACUACUAAGAUAUUAAUCACCACUUGCCGUUUCAAUUCUAGCAGGGGACCUGCUUUUAUAUCAGAAUUGCUUUCAGUUAUACCGAAUGCACAUUACUACAGGAGAGGAACCUAUGAUUUAAAAAAGAUUGUAGAAUAUGCAAAGAAUAAGGACUUCACUUCUAUUGUAGUUGUUCACACCAAUCGUAGGGAACCAGAUGCUCUCUUAAUCAUUGGUUUACCUGAUGGUCCUACUGCUCAUUUCAAGCUCUCAAAGCUUGUCUUACGCAAUGAUAUCAAGAAUCAUGGAAAUCCUACCAGUCACAAGCCUGAGCUUGUGUUGAAUAACUUCACAACACGUCUAGGGCAUCGAGUUGGAAGAUUGAUACAGUCACUUUUUCCGCAAGAUCCAGAAUUUAAAGGCCGACGAGUUGUCACCUUCCAUAAUCAGAGAGACUUCAUAUUCUUCAGGCAUCAUCGGUACAUUUUUGAAACCAAAGAAAUUAAAAAGUCCGAGUCUAAAGGUAAAAAGGACAAGGAUGGCAAGAGUGAGAAUGUUCCUGAACAAAAAACGAUUGCCCGUCUUCAGGAAUGUGGCCCUCGUUUCACGUUGAAGUUGAUUAGCCUGCAACAUGGAACAUUUGACACUAAGGGUGGAGAAUAUGAGUGGGUUCACAAGCCGGAAAUGGACACAAGCCGAAGGAGGUUUUUCAUAUGACUUAUUUGGUAUCAUUGCAUUUUGGACGUCAUUUCUGCUGAAUAGGUUUAUCAAGAGGGUUAGUUAUGUUGAAGUUGUUGCAGUCUUUCAACUUGUUUUUACAUAAUUCUGCUGUAUUAUUCUUUUUCUUUAUAUUUGGGGGCUAAAGUCCUGUCUUCUCUGUAUACCAGUGAACAAUUUUGACCUCAAAUCAAUUGAUGGUUGGGGAAAGAGAGAACAAAUUUACAUGUUCCUUCUAAGCAAUAUGAUUUGUUAACUUGAGAU